CGCUGUCCUGAUUCCUGAUCAGUCCUGUCCAGUCCUGCAAUCGUGUGGCUUUCUCCGCUAGUCGCGAGCUGACACCGAUACGCGUGUGUUUGUGCGACCUGGGGAUUCGAAUGUGGAAACUUCCACGUGUUAUCGCUACGCACCGAGGUCUCGCGCGACGUGUCUGUCGCGUUUCGGGAAUGCACGAGGCGCGAAUGAUAAUAAGGCUAACGACAGAUCUCGUCUUUACGGGACGCUCGCGAUAACGUAACAACAUCGUCUGUCGGAUCCAGCACGGACUGGGAAUUGGGCGUGUGUCGCGUAUGAGAAGGCAACGCGCGCGCGCGCGCGCACACAUACACACACACCCGCGGGACACGCACGCUGGGCUUUUGACGGAUCCGUGACUAUUCGCCCUGCAAUGGCGCCUGGCGACUCGCCUACUUUCUAAGCUCGCGGUGAGAGGGGCCGAUCUGUCUCGCGUUCCACAAGCCGGAUUGUCGGACACUGCACGUAAUCUACCCUACUGUUGAAGACACUCCGGAGCUCGGAAGAGUCCGCGUCUAGAGUCCUCUUUCUCCCGACCGAAUAUAAUAAACGUGCGCGCGUGCAAUCUGCCCCUGGCGAUGCAUCAGCCUCGCGACAGGACGCGCCAGGAGUCCAGGAUAUCCGGAGAAUGUGCGGCACCGCCUCGGGGCCUCUCCUCGCGGAUGUGAUCCUUUCGUCAUCGCGGCUCAUCCCCCUUCGCGACAACCGACCGACGAUCUCGCGGCCUGCCCCGCGGCCCCGCGCUCUGUUGUCAUCGGGACGACACAGCUGACAUACGUCUCGCAGUUAUGGUACCCUGGUCUUACGAAUCCUGCCGCUGUGUUUCGUAGAUCCCUCGUUGGAGAUGCCCGACACGCGGAUCGAUCUACGACGGUGACUGAACAAGUCUGGACUCUCUCGAUACCUCUCGACCGUUCGACGCCUAGAGACUUAGCUUCGAACUGUAACGCGUUCCCUGGUGCGAGUCUUGGUGCGGCGAUUUCGCUCGCGUCGUUAAAUGCGAACGACGACGUGUAUCGUGGGCAAGAAAUCACCUUCGCAGGAUCGCGUAGUCUCGGGAUAGGGACAAGGACGAAUCAAACAUGGGGAACUGCUGCAGCAACCCGAUCGAGGAGAACGAUAAACCGGACAGGAUCGUCAACCCCAUCGAGGCGGUCGCGUCGCAGGUGAAUCCGGUGCCGACCCCGCCGCCCGAUCCCAUCAGGCCGAUCCCGCAGAUCCCGGAUACGGACAUCGCCACCGCAAAGAUAUUCGUCGCUCUCUACGAUUACGACGCUCGCACGGACGAAGAUCUGAGCUUCAGGAAAGGGGAGCACUUGGAGAUAAUCAAUGAUACCCAGGGCGACUGGUGGCUCGCCAAGAGCAAGAGGACCAGGCAGGAGGGCUACAUUCCUAGUAACUACGUCGCCAAACUCAAGUCGAUCGAGGCGGAACCAUGGUAUUUCAGGAAGAUUAAGCGAAUUGAGGCCGAGAAAAAAUUGCUUCUACCGGAAAACGAUCAUGGCGCGUUUCUGAUAAGAGAUUCCGAGAGCCGACACAACGAUUACUCCCUUUCAGUGCGAGACGGUGACACGGUGAAGCAUUAUCGUAUCCGCCAAUUGGACGAGGGUGGCUUCUUCAUCGCCAGGCGAACCACUUUCAGGAAUCUGCAGGAUCUCGUGGAGCACUACAGCAAGGAUGCGGACGGCCUGUGCGUUAAUCUGUGCAAGCCCUGUGUGCAAGUUGAGAAACCCGUAACGGAGGGCCUGAGUCACCGUACACGGGACCAAUGGGAGAUUGAUCGUUCGUCGCUAAAAUUCCUGAGAAAAUUGGGCCAGGGACAAUUUGGCGAAGUCUGGGAAGGUUUGUGGAACAACACCACGCCAGUGGCGAUAAAAACGCUCAAGCCGGGUACCAUGGACCCGAAAGACUUCCUCGCCGAGGCGCAAAUCAUGAAAAAGCUCCGACACGCCAAGUUGAUUCAAUUGUAUGCUGUGUGUACGAUGGAGGAGCCGAUCUACAUUAUCACGGAACUGAUGAGGAAUGGCAGUUUACUGGAAUACCUACAAGGUAUGCAAGGAAAGGGUAGAAGUAUAAAAUUGCAACAACUGAUCGACAUGGCCGCGCAAAUAGCUGCUGGUAUGGCAUACUUGGAGUCGCAGAAUUACAUCCAUCGAGAUUUAGCUGCUCGUAACGUUCUCGUAGCAGACGGAAACGUUGUUAAAAUCGCAGACUUUGGCUUGGCUAGACUUAUUAAAGAAGAUGAGUACGAGGCUAGAAUAGGAGCACGCUUCCCCAUCAAGUGGACCGCGCCUGAAGCCGCCAAUUACAGCAAAUUUAGUAUUAAAUCUGACGUAUGGUCGUUUGGUAUUCUCCUUACCGAAUUGGUCACGUAUGGCAGAAUACCUUAUCCAGGUAUGACAAAUGCUGAAGUUCUUCAUCAAGUGGAGCACGGUUAUAGAAUGCCAAAUCCACCCAAUUGUCCUGAGACGCUUUAUAAUAUCAUGUUGGAAUGCUGGAACAAAGAUCCUAUGAAGAGACCGACGUUCGAGACACUUCAGUGGAAACUCGAAGACUUCUUUACCAUGGAAGGUUCUGAAUACAAAGAAGCGUCUGCGUAUUAAAGGACAUUUCUUCGCAAAAAUGAUUCUUCCUUUAUAUUACCCUAUUUUUUAAAAGCGGCGAUCGAUGUUGUUAUAUCGAUGGCGAUCAUUAUGAUCUUCAUUGAUCUAUUUGCGACGCAAGUUUUUUGAAAAAAUAUCGUGACUUUUAUACUCGAAGGAUCUUGAUUAUUUUGUGGACGAUAAAUGAUAGUAUGAUUUUAUUUAAUAUAAUUUUUUUCUUUUUCUCUAUCUUUUCUGUUUUUUUUCUUUUUUUUUUUACAUUCUCGUCUUCGCCCAUUGUAUCUGCCAUAAACUCUCGAAGAUUAAUAUUUGUAUAUUUUUACUUAUAUGACUUGACGUAUACAUUGGCAUUUUGAUAUGCUCUAUCAGGAGCGCGACGACGAGGUUUUAGAUAUCGUUUUAAACCGCAGUAAGAAUGUUAUACACACAUAGACGUUAAAUGGCCUUUGUAAAAUCGUUUAUAAGUGUCAGUUAAUGUGAGGUAGCGACCUCGAUCAUUCGGGUAGAGAUGACAAUUCCGAAUGAUGAUGCCGCGCAAUCGGCAAUAGUAGCGAUGUAAUAUAUUCAUGUGUACGAUAUUGUAUACUUUCCGUAUUACAAUUCCCGUAUGCAUUACGAAGAGAUGAUCAAGAGUCAAUCUUUUGAUAAAACUACCGACAAUUAAAAGGACAAAAUGACGGACCACGGAUGCACAACUUUAUCAUUCCUUCUCGCUCGAACGUGACGAUUCGGAAUUUAUUACGACGAAUCUUUAUGAAACGGAUAUACGAAAGUUUCGCCGACGAAAUAAUCUCGCGCUUGCAUGUAUGUGCGAAGAUUGGGAAUUUAUUAACCGGUCCGUCCAAGAGAAUGCGGAAGACUGUGUCCUUGCGGCGACUGCGUCGAACGACGUUAUGCUCUUUCGUCUAUUUGUCACGAAACGAUUAGUACUGACUCAGCUAACUGCCAGCUAACGUUUUCUAAAGUACACUUGUUACUUGUAACGUAUAAGAUCACUUUCCGGAAGUACGCGAGAGAAUAUGCAUCUGCAAAUGCACAUUCAAAUAUCUGUGUAUCGGGAAUGUUUGCUAUGAAAACGUGGAGAAUCAGUAUAUUGUCAAAUAUUUUUUAAGUAUUCCGAAAAGAAAAUGUAUUUACAUCACAUUGUUAAUCUUUUGUGGUCUCAAGCCGGGAUAUUCCUGGCACACGGGUUACCCGUUUGAAGGUAUAGUAUGAUUUUUUUUUAUAUUAUCACACUCGCAUCAGAUCAACUGUAGAAUUAUGCUAAAUACUUGGAUGACACAACACAAUUGUCUGUUUAUAUAAGAAAUAAACGUAGUUUAUCGCAAAUAGUUUGUUACAACAAGAGUUUAGAUUCUUCCGGUUUUAUAUCAUUUGUUUAUUUUCCCGAAAUAUAUUAAAUAUUAUACAUUUAUUAUAUUUAUUAAUUUUUGUACAUUGAAAAUGAACCAGUUGCACAUCAUGCGAAUGUAAUAGACUAAGGGGAAAUAUGCCACCGGCUGGCUUCAGACCGCAAAGAAUUGAUCAUUAUUCGGCUAUCCAUGUGUGUUAUCUCGAAUUUAUCAUUUUUAUAUAUUUUUAUAUAUCGUGUUUAAACGUUUUAUUAUACUCAUUUAUCGCGCGAUUUUUCACGUUAACGAAUGCGUGACUCGAAUAAUUAAAAGUAAUAAUUAUUAUGCGAAUAAAAGUAAGUGGAUAUUAAAUAUACUUCAUAUAUGUAUGCAUCUAUAAUGGUAAAUAAUGUAAAAUUAUAUAUAGAUAUUUUAGCAAUACCUUACUCUCUUUUAAUACAUGUGCGCACGCGUGCGCCCUACACACACACACAUAUACACAUACAAAGAUAUGUAUGGAAUGUGCCAAAAAGUCAUCGCCAUUCCUUUCGCCUAUACAUUCUACGACGAAUUUUAAGUCGAUUUUUAUUGCAGUAAAAAUUUUAUUGUGAAGAUUCUCUUUGUGGUUUAAAAGUUGCAUUUUAAUAAAGUAUCUUAACAAUAAAAUGUCAAAAUAAUGUGCUAGUAAAAAUAUUCUAGAACUACUCUAGAAAAGUCGAUUCAAAUUUCGUCAGAGAAUAUGCCUCGGAGAUUUGAUGCAGAUCUCUUAUUAAACACUCUAUACACAUGCAUCUUCUGUUCUGAAGAGGUCAGAGCUGUGUUAAUAGUACCAAAUUGAAUUUCAAAGAGGUGUGCUCACAGGCGGUAUCAUUAAU